AUGCAAAUUUCCCCCGCAAAAUUAUUUGUCACAUUUGCUAACUGCAUAGUCUUCUUGAAUGAUACUGCAAACUUGCCAACCAAUGCAGUAGAAAAAUUGCGAUUAGAAUUGCAGCAUAGAAAAGAAUUCGAAAUUAGAUUUGCUAAAGAAUUUAAUUUGCAACAAAAGGUUGUUGAAAACAUGGCUGAAGCUGCCUAUAAUUUCAGCAAUACUGAGAUGAAGAACAAGAGAAAACUUGACAGGGAAAACUACAGACGCAAGGAAAUCAUUGAUUCGUACAACUCAAUGGGUCCUUUAGAAAAAGGCAGAUAUUACGAGAUGACAAAAGAAAAUUCCACUACUCUUCACCAGGAAUCUUCUGUCCCUGAUGUCAAUUGUGCUGCAAAAUCUAUAUUGACCAUCAUGGACACAAUGAAGCUAUUGAUGAACUAUGAUAGUCUGUUUCUGUUUUGGAAGUCAGACACCAGCUUCAGUCGAAAGAUUGACCACCUCUUGUCAGGAGAUACAUCUUCUAUCUUUUUUAAGUGCAUUGAGGAAGAUGAAGAAACUGGAGAAUCGAGAAAAUCUUUUCCUUGGAAAGCAAUCGAAAACAAAAAAGAUACCAUCAGAGCUGUUGGAUGGCCAGAAAAGUUGCCUUUUGUGCCACUCAGUCUUAUGAAAGAUAUUGAGAAAGAAAUGUUAGUUGAUGCUCUGGACAAAGAGCUCAUUUCUUUCUCUUGCUCUUUUGAGUAA